UUGUGCAGACGCUGAUUCUCCUUGCUUCCAACUGUAAUUGCUGGUCUCUUAGUUCUGAAAUCUUCAUGCCACCCAUUAAGCUCGUUUUCUUGUAUUCUAUGCAUGAAAGUUGUUGCCCCUUUAAUCAUUGUUCUUCUGUCCUAUGGCAUUUUCUCAUGUCCUCAUGCUUUUUUUUUAAGGUAUUAUCCAAAGAGAUGAGUCACCCAUGGAAAAAGGGCUCUCUGGUCUGCGAGGAAGGGACUUUGAGCUGUCUGAUGUGUUUUAUUUCUCCAAGAAGGGAUUUGAAGCUAUUGUGGAAGAUGAAGUGACCCAGAGGUUCUCCUCAGAGGAGCUAGUGUCAUGGAACCUCCUCACAAGAACCAACAUAAACUUCCAGUACAUCAGCCCCAAGCUCACUAUGGUGUGGGUUCUAGGCGUACUGAUACGCUAUUGUGUCCUACUGCCCCUGAGGGUUACCCUGGCUUUCAUUGGGAUCAGUUUGAUGAUUAUAGGAACUACACUGGUUGGGCAGCUACCAGACAGCAGCGUCAAAAACUGGCUGAGUGAAAUGGUGCACCUGACUUGCUGCCGCAUCUGUGUGCGAUCCCUCUCUGGCACCAUUCAUUAUCAUAACAAGCAGUAUAGACCCCAGAAGGGAGGCAUUUGUGUGGCCAAUCACACAUCUCCCAUAGAUGUUUUGAUCUUGACCACGGAUGGGUGUUAUGCUAUGGUUGGCCAGGUUCAUGGUGGAUUGAUGGGAAUUCUCCAGAGAGCUAUGGUCAAGGCUUGUCCACAUGUCUGGUUCGAACGCUCAGAAAUGAAGGAUCGACACCUGGUUACGAAGAGAUUGAAAGAACAUAUUGCUGAUAGAAAAAAGUUACCCAUAUUAAUCUUUCCUGAAGGAACUUGCAUCAACAAUACUUCAGUCAUGAUGUUUAAAAAGGGAAGCUUUGAAAUCGGAGGAACCAUAUACCCAGUUGCAAUGAAGUAUAACCCCCAGUUUGGUGAUGCAUUUUGGAACAGUAGUAAAUACAACAUGGUGAGCUACUUGCUUCGAGUGAUGACCAGCUGGGCUAUCGUCUGUGAUGUGUGGUACAUGCCCCCCAUGACCAAAGAGGAAGGAGAAGAUGCAGUUCAGUUUGCUAACAGGGUUAAAUCUGCUAUUGCAGUGCAAGGAGGAUUAACUGAACUUCCCUGGGAUGGUGGGCUGAAGAGAGCAAAGGUGAAGGACACCUUCAAGGAGGAGCAGCAGAAGAAUUAUAGCAAAAUGAUUGUGGGCAAUGGGUCGCUCAAGCAGGAAUCGGACUGAUGCAUUCUGCAGAUAAACUUGGCUUUCCAGAACUAGCCCAUAGAAGUGGAAGGGUU